AUGAAAAAAAUUAGUGUUGUGAUUAAAAAUUGUUUAAAUAUUUCUAGGCAUCCAAAUCAUCCGGGUAAAUUGGUGUUAAGGCAUGUAGGUGACGAGAGUACGGAUCAGAACAAUAACAUCACAAUGACGAGCGAGGAUUUGUUACAGCCUGGCCAUGUGGUCAAAGAACGUUGGAAAGUUAUGAGGAAAAUUGGCGGCGGUGGGUUUGGUGAAAUUUAUGAAGGUCUUGAUUUACUGACCAAAGAGCAAGUUGCUCUGAAAGUUGAGUCUGCACGGCAACCAAAGCAAGUUCUUAAAAUGGAAGUUGCUGUUUUAAAAAAGCUUCAGGGUAAAGAUCACGUGUGUCGUUUUAUUGGUUGUGGGCGUAAUGACAGAUUUAAUUAUGUCGUGAUGCAAUUACAAGGUAAAAAUUUAGCAGAACUAAGACGUGCGCAGCCUCGUGGUGCCUUUUCUCUGUCAACAACUUUGCGACUUGGUUUGCAAAUUUUAAAAGCAAUUGAAAGUAUCCACCAAGUGGGCUUCCUACACCGGGACAUUAAGCCGUCAAACUUUUCUAUCGGUCGUCAUCCGUACAAUUGCCGAGUUGUCUAUAUGUUGGACUUUGGGCUUGCUCGUCAAUUCACUACUGGAACUGGUGAAGUACGACCUGCACGUGCUGCGGCUGGUUUCCGCGGUACAGUUAGAUACGCAUCAGUAAAUGCUCACCGAAAUAAAGAGAUGGGUAGACAUGAUGAUUUAUGGUCACUAUUUUAUAUGCUUGUGGAAUUUGUUAAUGGACAAUUACCUUGGCGAAAGAUUAAAGAUAAAGAACAGGUGGGAAUUCUAAAAGAAAAAUAUGACCAUCGUUUAUUACUCAAACAUCUUCCAUUAGAUCUUCGGCUCUUCCUGGAACAUAUUCAGAGUUUGCAGUACGCGGACAAACCUGAUUACGCUAUGUUAGCUGGUUUGUUUGAAAGAUGUAUGAAACGUAGAGGUGUAAAACUUAACGAUCCUUACGAUUGGGAAAGACCAUUAAUAGCUAAUGAAGGUUUACCAACUACGAGGUCACUGCCUACAGUAACGGCACCGCCUGCCCUUACGACAGCGACAACUAUAAACCAACCGCCGACUACUCCAAACGUAGACACCAAUAACCAAGAAAAUGUUGAACCAGACAAUCGAAAGGAAGCAAAAAUGGAUCUUGAAAGUUUAUGCAGGCUGCUAUUGGGCCACGACGGAUCACCAGUUCCAUUAACAUCAGCAAUAAGUAAUCACGGAAGGGAUAAAAAUUGUAAUGCAACGAUACAGAUCACUGAUAAUACACACCAGCCAGCUGGACAACAAGUCGCGUCGACUCCUCCAGUUCAGGGUUCACCGAAGAAGCGACGCGCCGUGUCGAUGGCCGUUGAGCCUCAGUCACCAGUUCCGCCGGUUGAAAAACCUGUGGAUAAUGAGGGUGACGCUCUGAUGGCAUCAGCACGCUCAGCUUCAGAAGUACCACGUUCAAAGCCGGUAGCCAAUGCAGCUGCGCCGUUGAGGAAGUCUGCCAGCGGAGCAACUUUCGCGAGACUCCGUGUCGUCGCUCUACCAGAGACAAACGCCACUGGGGAACCACCUAGUCCAAGGAUACAGACUGACGUCGACGCUUCCUACUGUUCUUACGAUGUCACCAACACUAAGCAAGGCGGAAAUCAAAGCCCAGUUACGGAACAGCGUGAGCCAUUACGAAGAGAGCCCCGCAGACGCGCGAGAACAGGACGCUCGGCUAUGCGAGACUGUUCAAUAACACAAUUUGCACAAAUUGAUGAUGACAACGUAUCUGCAUUACAGCAAGUGACACGAGGCGGCGGGGGUCUUACACUAGCGUCCCAGUGGAAAUCCCAGUUUGAUGAUUCCGAAGAGACUGACAAUGAAUGGAAGGGUGAAAAUUUACAGAGUCCGGAGCAUAAAGGUGUUGCACCGUCUAUUGUUCCUCAGUCCACAGUUGAUAGCGAAGCCGCAGCAACAGCGACUCCGAUAGCUGGUGGAUGUCAAGAGCCAAAGAGUCCACAAGCUCAGGCGUCAACUGUGACACCUAGUGCAUCUUUGCAACAAGCGGCUCUUGCUGUCCAGACAGUGCUCUCGCGAAUAAGCGAGGAUUCACCGCGGCCUGGACCGCAUCACAGAUGCUUAAAUAUUACGGGAAUAGAAAAUUAUCCAGAGCUUCAAGGAGCUUUGCCAAGAGCAUGGAGUGUACCGGCGCUGGCGUCACACGUUCGUGCUCAUCUAGAAGCACCUUUG